AUACAUAAUACAGUAACUGCCGAAAAGUAACCUAAAAAUAAAAUUGAUCAGUGUAUUUAAAGUACCUAAAUUUUGUAUUUGUUUACCGCUGUCUUAAAAAUUAUCUUUUGCAUUUGAUUACUUUUAGCGUCUUCAUUUGAAAAAUUAAAAUGGCUGAUGACGGUGACAAUGUAGCUGUAAUGACGGUCAAAGAACCGCUUGAUUUGAUAAGACUAAGUUUAGAUGAAAGAAUUUAUGUAAAAAUGCGCAACGAACGGGAGUUACGCGGGAAACUACACGCUUAUGACCAACAUUUAAAUAUGGUCUUGGGUGAUGCUGAGGAAACAAUAACAACAGUUGAGAUUGAUGAAGAAACAUAUGAAGAAGUUUAUAGAACAACAAAAAGGAAUAUCCCAAUGUUAUUCGUAAGAGGUGAUGGAGUAAUAUUAGUAUCUCCACCUGUGCGUGUGGGUAUAUAGAUAGAUUUAGGUAAAUAAAACUUAUAAUAAGA